AAAGGUUUGGCCACACUUUCGAAAAAAUAUGUAUACAAUUAAAUGAAAAUAAAUAUGAGUUUUGGAUUUUAAGCAUCACUAUGAGUAUUGCCGACGUGGAGUACGAAUAUGUUGUGUUAAAAAUAAACGGUUACGAUAUUAGUCAUUUGUCGAGGUAUGAAGCGGUUCAAAAGUUCCUUCAAUCUAAAGAAACCCUUGUCGUAGAAAUACGCAGACAGAAACACAAUGCAUUAGAUUUAGAAUUAAAACAUGGCUCCAAUGCCAAAAUAUCAAAAGUGGACAAUCCCGGAGAACUUUCUGUCCUAACUGACAAGUCAGCAGAAGGGACGAUCACAGCUGCCAGUGCCUCUCAACAAAUAAAUUGCCCAUCUUCAACAUCGUUGAAAGAAAUCGAGACGAAAACUCCUGUGGUUUUAACUCUUCGGGCUAGAAGUCAUGAGGAUCGUUUGGGAAGUCUACAAGCCGCAUCGAAGGAAACUCAAACCCAAUCUGUCGUUGGUACGGACGUUUUAAAGGAUAACGAUUUGGUUAACACAAUUACCGACAACUUCAUAGAGCAUGAACACCAUUUGUUCGAACAAUGCCUGGAACCGGAAAUCGACAUUGAGGAAGUAACGCUUGUUAAAGGUGUUGAACAGUCAAGCAGCAAUCAAAUCGGGCUCAUUGUUACCUCCUCCGGAAUUCAGCAAUCAAGUACCGACACGAAUAAAGGUGACAUACUAGGUAACGUUUUAGAACAUAGUGAGGAUGUGUUCAUCAGUGGUGUACAACCGGAAAGUAUAGCCUAUCGUGAUGGGCGCCUGCGACAGGGGGAUCAGAUUCUUCGUAUUAACGGCUUGGAUGUUAAAAACCAGGAGGAGUUAGAAACUCAGAUAGCCAGGAGUAGUACAUCAGUAACGCUACUAGUUAGUCGAAUUCUAUACCCUGAAGACGAUGAUGACGAAGAUAUACAUUUUGAGUAUGCUAAUACAUUUCUGCCAGAUGACUAUACAAAUGUAGUGGAUAAAUUGGAUAAGGUUUUGUUAACUCACGUCAAGUCUUUGGAAGAACUAUCCAAUAAAUCCGCCAUGCAAUCUGACGAAUGCUAUCACAUACCAGAAAAGAACUCAUCUGAUUCAAACGUUAAAAUAUCUUCUUUGGCGAAAAAUAUCAUUGAGCAAUCUACCAAGUCCUGUAGUAAAAUAAAGCUUCGACCGAAUGCAAACUUGGAUUAUAAAAAAAAAUUCAAUCUACCUUUAAGCCAAGAAGAAGUUCAUCUGCAAUAUGAGUACGAUGAAAGCGAGCACAUUUACGAAACCAUUCCAGAAGAUUCUGAAAGUGAACCAGUGUAUUGUUCACCGUACCAACGUUCAAACGACAAGACGUCAAUAGGUUGUUCAUCUCCAAUAGCAUCGAGACCGGCCGAAUCAUUAGAAAGAACAAUGCAACAACAAACUCAAAGAGUCGCCCAGUGGUUGGGCUUGAAGCCACAAUACCAGAAAACUAGACAAACUCUAGUUGGUCGACCCCCGCCGUUGAAAUUAGUACAGCAACCUACUUGUAGUCGUGUUUUUACAUUGCGUAGCACCUUAACCAACACAAGCGCAUCCAGCAGUAGUGGAGUGGCAUACAGCUCUUAUGGACAAAAUAAUGUUGUUACAGGGAACGCCGCGGCUCCUGGCGAAGAGGUCGAUAACUCCUCAAGUGCCUACAACACUGGUGAUUCUAAUAAUAGCGCCUCCCCCCAUCAAAAUACUACAAAUCCUGAUGAAGCCAUCGCCACUGGUCGCAAGCUAGAUAGUACUGUUAUUGAUAGCCCCAAUGAUCAUUUGGAUGCCACAGGUGUAAGCACUAUGUUGCUAUUACCAUUCGGCAAGUCUGGCCGUAUUGGUCUCUGCUCUUCCAAUCUGCCUACAGCGUAUGUCAGCGAGCGGUAUACCAACGUUGGGUCUGAAAAUGAAAUUCAUCCACUUAAAAGCGACAUUGAAAUACUAAGAGUUAAACCAACUGAUGAUUCCUAUAGUCAUUGUCCACAGUUUAACGCCCCAAAUUUGAGUAGUUACCACUUUGUUAGUAGUCAAGAGGUUGCAAACAGAUGUCAUAUUUCAACAAGCUUACAAAAAAAUGCUACUUUGCUUAACGGUGAAAGUGCUGAGGAAAUACCCAUGGUAUGGAAGGUUAAAAGGCGACCAGAUGGAACGCGGUACAUAGUAAAACGGCCAGUACGUAAUCGACCCCAAGUUGCAUUGCGGAAAAAUAUGCGUUACAACGAGGUUACCACGACGGAAGACGAUACAAUAUCUGAAGUAAAAAUAGGUCGUUAUUGGACAAAAGAAGAACGAAAGCGGCAUAUCGAACGAGCUCGAGAGAAGAGACAUCAUCAGACGCAGCAACAGCAACAAUAGCCACAGUAACAUUUUCCUUUUGUACCAUUUAAAACUUACAUAGCUUUAACAACAGUCUUAAGAACACUAAUUGGAUUUACUGUCGAACAAUUUUAUUUGAUUGUUAUGGUCGUCAUCAAAACUUAAAGAGAUUAUCAAGGUGCAAAAACAAGAUUUGUCAUAAUUCCACUUUAAAAUUUUAUAAUCUAACAUUUUUUGGUGUGUCCAAAUUGAAUUAAAACGUUGUUUUGGGGGUCGUUAUAAAAUUCAAAAACUGUUCCUAUACAAGUUAUUUGUUAAAAUAAUCCCUACAAUGCGUAUAGUCUUCGUUGAUGCUGCCACGAUUAUUUACGGCAUAUUACACAUGUAAUUAAUGAAAUACUUUCAGUUAGGUAUAACAUAAUAAUGCAAGUAAUUCUAAGGUAUUGUUUAUCUAAAAUAAAGAAAUCGUGAAC